UCAACCGCGGUCAAAUUCGUCCUUCCCUUCCGAUUGCAUCUCACCACGCUGUCGUCUACCUGCCAUUUCUGUAAGCCCAAUUCUCCUCCUCCUCCUCUCUCGCGCGAUCUGUCUUUGAUCACUGCAUUUCUUCAAUCUCUGCCGCAGCUAUCGAUUUAUUGCAAAGCCCGUAUAGACUGGAGUCCCCAGAAACAUGCCACAACCCAGUAAACCCACACGUAGGUUCUCACUAUUUGGCUUCUCCUCUGCCUCCACCCCUUCCAGCAAUGCUGCUAAUCUUAAUCUUGAUCCUCCGUGCCUGGAAUUGGAGCACGACAGAGAUGUGUACAGACCAGGGGAUUUCAUCACCAUCACCAUUAAGGUUAAAAACCCUACAGAUGCUUGCUCUCUCUUGAUUGAAAAGCUCAGAUUUGAGUGCAAGGGGAUUGAGAAGUUAGACAUUCAGUGGUUCAACACUCCCAAGCCUGCUCCUGAUUCCAAACAACGCCGAGGUGAAUAUGUAUUCAUGGAUUGCCCAUCUCCAACCAUAGUUUCAAAUCAAGUUAUUUCUAGCGGGGCCGCCAAAACUUAUGUGUUGCGCACUCAUCUUCCAAACAUUAUACCUCCAUCAUACAGAGGCACAACCAUACGGUAUCUAUAUUAUGUGAGGACUAUGCUAUCUGGACAAUAUUUGGUUCUGGAAAAUGGCCCUACUCAAGGAGAGUCAAUACAAGAAUUUUCUGAGCUGGAAGCUCGGAUGCCCCUGCAGAUUUGGGUUACUCAGAAGAACAAUGGCCUGCUUGGCGAAGAAGGAAUCGUUCCCCGAGUAACCUUCUUCUUGGAUGUGUACUGGAAAGAAAUGGAUACUGAUUCUGAGUGGGCUAAAAUGAAUGAAGCUUUUGAUGGAGAUGAGGAAGGGUCUGAAAGUUCACGGGAUGAGAUCUUAUCUGUUUCUUCAAUCAACCCUAUGAAGGAAGACAUGACUAGAAAUUUUGGGAGUUCGUUAUCACUGCAGUCAUUUUCAGCAAGGUCUUCGACUAGAGGUUCUCUAAAUGUAGAAGGACGAACCAGCUUGUCCUCAAUCAUGGCUCUUCCUCGGAUGUCUGUGGCUGAGGUCUUACAUGAUUCCUCUGAUAGUACCCAAGCUACAGUAUCUCCAAGCCAGCCACCAAAACACUUGAAGUCCUCUGCUGAUGAUGAUCCAAGAUUACCAUUUUCUUCAGGAUCAGUUGAAUCUGGAGCAUCAGAAGGGGUUGUUAGAGGAAGAUCAUACAAUAUCAGAUUAGAUGAACAAGUUCUACUGAGAUUUUCACCUAAGAACUCCGAUUCUACUUACUAUUUCAGUGAUAUGAUAGGUGGAACACUUACUUUCUUUCAUGAAGAGGGAGCAAGGAGAUGCCUUGAGGUCUCAGUAACUUUGGAGGCAAAGGAAAGUGUAAAUAAGCGAUUUGUUCAUCCUUCUCGAAAGCAUUCUCCUACCAUUACCAAGAUUCAUAGCGAUCACCAUGAGGUUGUGGCUGAUCUAGUCCAAACCAGCUUUCUCUUCUCCAUUCCCAUGGAUGGGCCCAUGACUUUUUCCACCCCUUAUGUCUCUGUACAGUGGGCUCUUAGAUUUGAAUUUCUUACAACUCCAAAGAAUGUCGACUGGACAAGGUUUGAGCAUCCUCUUCUGAUUGAGGGAAGAGAUAAAUGUGAGUGGGUUCUUCCAAUCACCGUACAUGCACCUCCUUUAGGGGCAGCAGCCGCUCAAACUCGAAAUGAGAAGUCGUUCUCUUUGGAACCCUUGUGGGUUCAUACUUGAAGCCUCAGGGGUCUUUCUUCUGAAUUUUCAUUCAAAGUUGGAAGAAAGAUGCUGCUAAUGUUGGGAAUGGAUGGCUGUGACAAGAAGUUGGAUGCUCUUAGCGAGGGAGGGCAACAAUUGUGAAUGAACAAUGGGUAUAAUAUCAUUUCAAUUAUUGCAACAUUUUGUGAUAUAGAAGGAUGGGAGGCUCUUUUGCAUUUCUCUUGUUGAAUGGUCGGGUUUUCAUUCAUAGAUUGGAGAGAGAUCCUCUGCUUCUUCUUCUUCUUCAGCGGCUAUUGUGACUAGAUAUGGUAGUGGUAGUGGUUUUGAUCCGAUAUAUCUAUCCAAUUCCUAUAUCCUCACAUAUUUACCUACUUAUUGAAUUAUCAUAUUUUUACAAGUCAUUAGAAAGGUGGCUCUCUGAACAAAGUCAGUUCUAUCAUGGAUGCUUCGUUGCUACUUUCUGUGGUAUCACAAAUUUAUUGAGUUUCUUUUGUCGGCGAAGUUGUUCAAGUUUUGGUAGGCAAAACAUCACUGUAUGUAUCUCUGUUGGUAGAAUCAAAUUUGUAAGAUUGAUUAGAAUUUUGAUUGUGUGGUUGCUUAUGUCUUUUCUAUUGAAUCUGUGUUGUUACUUUA